AUGGAUGGAAGCUCAAAGCACAUCUCGUCACUAAGAAAAUUGUUCACGUUUGCUUUUCUACUCAUCAUAAUCAUCACAUUGGAUUAUAAUCAAAAAACAAAAGUUAGUGCGAAUGAUGUUGAUGAUGCAGUUGUAUGUAGCACCGAUCUCUCUUCAUUCCUUCCACUUCCAUACAGCAAUCUACCCAAUAUGGUCUGCAAACGUCUUUGGAAUUCAUUCGUGAUCAGAUACUCAAAGACAGAAGAUCACUUGAUCACCGUACUGCUGUCAGCCACAUACACUACCGGAUGGGUCGGAAUCGGGUUUUCUUCCAACGGGAUGAUGCUGAAUUCUAGCUGUAUGGUGGGAUGGAUUAAUAUAGAAGGGAGAGCAAGAAUCAAGCAGUAUUAUGUAGAGGGUUUCACACCUUCAGCUAUCAAACCAGAUAAAGGAGAACUGCCUCUAACUAGUGUACCACCCUAUGUUGCACUCCAUGGAGCAACCAUUUAUUUGGCGUUCCAGUUGAAGUAUGCAUCUCACCAUGAUCUUCCUAAAAGGCAACCAAUCUUACUAGCUUAUUCUACUGCCUAUCCAUUGCAUCACCAUCUUACCAUCCAUGAUGACAAAACGGCCCUUGUUUUCGACUUUUCUUCUUCUUCAGGUAAUACGGGUUCCCUCUCAUCAGGAGGGAUUGCCGCAUCUUUUUACAGGACUGAAGACAUGAAGAAAGCGCAUGGUGUAUUAAGUUUAUUGGGGUGGGGAUUGUUUCUUCCUAUAGGAGUAAUCUGUGGCAGAUACCUGAGGCAUAGGGAACCCUUAUGGUACUAUGUUCAUGUAGUGAUUGAGUUCAUAGGAUUUAUACUAGGAGUUGCUGCAGCAGUCAUUGGAAUUUCCCUCAACAACAAGCUGCACGUCCAUGUUGUUGGACACAAAACCAUAGGAGUUUUUGUGCUGGUACUCAGCAUACUUCAGGUUAUCGCAUUCUUUGCAAGACCGAGUAAGGACAGCAAAAAACGCCGAUACUGGAACUGGUACCACCAUUGGACAGGAAGGCUUGUCAUAUUUCUAGCUGUCACAAAUGUGUUUCUGGGGAUUCAUGUGGGCGAUGCAGGACCAGCAUGGAAGAUAGCUUAUGGGAUCCUUCUUGGCCUCGGCUUGAUUUCCUGCAUAAUUCUGGAAGCAUUGACAAGAAUGAAAAGAUUCGACCAACCUGAAUUCCCUCAUCCAACUUUUCAAAUGAAUAGUAUGUAG